CGAAUGAGACGUUCGUUCCAAACUCACAAGGGCCACUCGAGUCAUUCAAUCAAACAUCGACAGAAUUAUUGUUUGUAACACAGUUUUUUCUUUAAUUGUGGGUGUAGUUCGCAGCUAAAUGGCAGCAAUAAAUUAUUAUCAGCACCGCCCAGACGCUUCGUAUGAGACUUAUUGUUGUUUGAAAUAAUUUUAUCAACAAAAACCAGUACCUACCGCCAAAACUGCAUCACCUUAGAUGUAUGAGAAUCUUUUUGAAGAUAAUCUUUACCAUUUGGUUGGCUGUUGUGGCAAAAAGGUGGUCAUUGAUGGUUCAAUCUUCGCAAACGAUUUGUCGAGCAAUGACAAAAUUUUGAACGGAAUAUAUCAAUUCGGCCCUUGCUAUCCUCAAGUGUAGUAACACAGCAACGGUACAUUACUUUUACCAACAGUCGGAGUGAAAUAAAUCUUUAUUGCCGAGGAGAGCAACAUGUUCUGUACUUGGCCGAGAAAGGUUCGUCGUCAGAGUUUGUUCAAAUAGUCAAUAUUGGUGCGACAGUUACAAGAGACAACUGAAGGAACCGCGCGUUAUCAGGUGAUCUAUCUGUGGCUUAACGUCAGUGUACCGAGCUCUUAACGGGAACAAAUCUUGGCAAAACAAAAUGCAAAAAUUGUCUUCGCAGCUUCUAUUGUCAGAACCAAUCUAUCUGCUAAAGUGAAACGUUAGAGUUGAAAUUUUGAAAUUGUUUUGCUGGACGAAUACAUCAGUAACUAACAGCGGAUUAUCAUCAUGGUGGAUAAAAGGAACAGGCAAGGCGUCCACGUGGACCAUGUGGCGUAUUAUCACACCUACAAGUAUAACUCGCUACAAAGACUCAACAAACCGAAAAGCAUGCAUGGGGUUAAGCGUGUUAUAGCAUUCUGCAUACUAACCGCAGUGCUACCGGCAUGCCUCAUUAUUCUUCCGCUCUACCUGAGGCACACGGUUUUCGCCGAUGUAACCUACCAAAUAGCCGAAUCAGACAUCAUAGAAAUUCGUGAUGGAAUAUCAUCCGUUUUCUGUCAGCGCCAUAUUCUACAGAUGAAUACCAGUUUUAAUGCGUUCCAGUUGAACCACAAGCCGGAAAUAUCGAAAAAUCUCAAACACAUUAGACUGAAGAAAUCAAUGUCCCUGCCGGAUGAUACUCUCGAGUACUGGGGCUUUUAUUUGCUCAGGGGGGCGACAGUGGCACUGAAGGUUUGCUCCCGUUAUGAUGGAUCUCGCAUACUGGUGGUCAAGGGAGAACGCAAUCUGAGAACGUGUGGCCUGUUGGAACACAACAAAAACAAAAUAGGCGCCAACGUCAAUCGGAAUCAUGGCGCCGUAGUCGUAACGUUCGAGUCGGCGGCUGAAAUAGUCAAUUCUAGGGACCUGCAGGCGAAACAGAACGAUGAAUACUUAGCUCCUGAUGUAGGCAAUCACGGAGGAGAAGACUUAACCGACGAGAUGAUGACAACAGCCGAAAGUGCGAACAUCAACGCGCAAUCUUAUCCGACAAAGCAUUCGAAACGAGUUUCUGCGACGAGGAAUUCAGUAGAUCCCAGACAACGAAAAAGUGAGCAAUCAACCGCACACUCCUCCCAUAAGCCAACGGAGCCAUCCGAUUUGGCUGAAAUUAACGCAACCAGACGAAAUAACGUAUCGGACAGCAUAACUGACGAGGAAAAUGUGCAGAAUCAUCGCAAACGACGUCACCAUGGAAAGCAUGGGCACCAUGAUAAAGUAAAUCAGGGCACGAGCACUUUGCAGGAAACGCUCACGCGAGAUGACACGCCUACGGAAUCGCAAGGCACGAGAGCUAAACGUGAUGCCAUCUACGAUCGAGCGAUAAACCAUGGCGGCAAUGCGCUUAACUUUUCCAACAACACAUCGGAUUCAGUGUCCAGCUUCGAAAACAGCUUGCUAGCAUGCUACAAUGGUGACAUUCUGCUGGCACAGAGUUUUCCGCCCAGCCAGAACUGUAAAGAUGUACAGUAUCUGGACAGUGGAGUCCACAUGAUAACGAAACACGAAGUCGCAUCCGACGGCUAUUACUACUACAUAUUCUACAGCGACAACGACUACGUGCAGAACGACAUACACGCCGUGUUUGACAUCUACAAACCGACCUUCCAAUACUCGAACAUCUCGGAAUCCAAAAACUGUGUGAACAGUACAAAUUGUUCCUUUCCGAUUCCAUUCUGGUCUGAUGAGCACGUGAUCGUGGAAGUGCCUACGAGGGACGGAAUCGAACACGAGGAAGACGACAUCUCAAAUCUGAUAUCUACCUGUCAACCGCGGAUGGCCAUCUACAUUGUAUUCCCGAUAUCUGUUUUAUUUCUAGUGCUCACGUGCGCUUUCUUGUAGAAAGUUGCUCAUAGUGAGAGUUUUUAAACUAAUACUUGACUUGACCUAAAGUGCAUAGAAUUCCAACAAUGGUUACAAAGUCUAUGUGGUGUACGAAACUAACAACGAUUCCUUUGCACUUUUUAUUCUUCACACGUAACACUGUAUGACAACAGUACACUGUAAGUAUGCUAGUAUUUUUGACAAAAUUCUUUCAUUUUUUUGGCUCGAAAUACUUUUGACAGGGUUUUGAACAUUUGUAUGACUCACUUCAGGGUUUCAAAGACUCGGAAAAUAUGUUUUUUAUAUACUUUUGUAAUAUUUUUUUUAAAUUCAUGAUCGAAUCGAGAGAAUCAAUAAUUUUUGAAAAGUUAGUUGUUUUAUAAAUAGACAUGCGAUCCAAUUGAAUAGUAAACCCUUUUCUUUUCAUUAAAAUCUUUCAUGUGUUGAUUUUAAUUAAAAAACAAAGUGUUGGGUCGGAAAGUUAGAGGUGUUUCAAUAAAUGUAAUCUUCCGUAUGGUAGAUAUUGGUUAUUCCAUAGACAUAAUGAUCCUCUCAGGUCUAAAAACCUAGCACAUAUGAAUCCUGUUAGAUUAUUGUUACCAUAAUGCAAGAGUGAACGGAAUCUUAACAUUUUACUAAUGCGGGAACAACGUAAUCAAAAGUGAAUUUGACAACGUAAGAUCAAAAGAUUAUUCAAUUAUCAAAAAACGUUUCUCAACUAAACAAUAUGAGUUCGCGGUUAAAAAUAAAACUUGCAAAAAAAAAUUUAAUUAUUUAUUCAAAUUUUAAAAUAGUGCUACCAAGUUACAAUAUUCGUCACACGUGCCAUUAAUCUAAUAUGUAGUUUAGAUAUAUUGUAAACAGUAUGCAAAUCUAACCAAGGAUUAAAUUAAUUAUCCACUUGCUCAAUAAAAGCUAUGUAAUUGUAGUGCUCAGACACGUAGUAUUUAAAAAAUGAAGAUUGUUAACUGUUCGAAAACAAGUUUACCAAAUUAGCAUCGUCCCUUUGUUUGGACUUACUAGUGGAAAAUUUCAUUGAAACAUUUUUUGCAAGAGGAGUGCUCUUUUGAAUCUGCAUUUAGAAUGUACUAAAAAUAUUCGAACAAAAGCUUACAGUAGAUUGUUUCGUAGAAAUUGAGGUUCUUGUACGUUAAAAAGGACCCAUUGUGUCAGUCGAGCUAAAUGGGGUGUCGGGACAGUUGUUCAAUAUCAGGAAAUGUAGAUGGCAAAACUCUUUUCGACUCAUAAACAUGCAAUAAAGCUAAGGAAAAAAGUCCUAUGACUACCUUUGUAGAGUGAGAAUUGUAAGACAAACACAUAUCAGCAGUAGAUUUAAUUUGUGCUGAAACCUUAACGAUUAAAACCCAACUUGAUUUAACAUACCAUUUAUUUGACUCUAACGUUACAAUUAACAAUAUUGAGUAGCUCGUUUCUCAACGACAUAUCUUAACCGAUUGGGUAACCAAUACUAGUCUUCAACAAACUGGUACAACAACGAGUGGCAUUACAAGUAGUUUUAGCGAUUAAAUUACCAUUAUUAUAUUCUACUAACAGCAGAUUUUAAUAUCAGCGGCGAUCGUUCUAUACAGACGUUCGCCGUUUUAAUAAAGGGUUAACGAAACCAUAAAACCACAGGUAAAAAUAGUCUGAUUGAGGCUCCGUAAUGAAAGGACAAAUAAAUAAGUAACUGUGCUAAAGUAGUCCGUUCGAAGAAUCUGUACAAUAUAUAAAUCGGACAGAACGGAAAUUAUAAUUGUGAUAAGGAACAUACCGUCAACGGACCUGUAGUUUGAUAAGUUAAUUUUAUUUUUGUUGAAAUAGAAAUGCGAUACCAAUAAAUGAA